AUGUACACUUCUUUACUGGCGACAGCGGCUUUGCUGCAGCUGGCAGCUGGCUCGACAUAUGCGCCACUCGCAACAACCAAAAAUGGCACCUACCAGGGCCGUUAUUUGCCUGAAUGGAAUCAAGAUCUCUUCCUCGGCAUUCCUUAUGCACAGCCGCCGGUGGGAGAUUUGCGCUUCCGAUGGCCUCAGAGCAUAAACACCUCGUUUGAAGGGGUCCGAGAUGCCUCCGAGUAUGGUUACAGCUGUAUGCAGUACCACACAGCAUUCAACAUCUCCGAGGAUUGUCUCAACAUCAACCCCGUCAUCGCCGUGGACAUGAAUUACCGCCUGGGGAUGUGGGGUUUCCUGCAGACUCCAGGGCUGGUGGCGGAGGGUUCCAGCAACGCGGGCCUGUUGGAUCAGAGGCUGGCCUUGCACUGGAUUCAAGAGAACAUCGCUGCCUUUGGAGGUGAUCCGGACCGAGUUGUUGUCUGGGGGGAGAGUGCAGGUGCGCAGAGUAUCGCGUAUCAGCACUUUAGUUAUGAUGGCCGAGACGACGAUCUGUAUCGCGGAGCCAUCAUGGAAAGCGGCGGACCCACAGGGUGUCAGGUUCAAGAUUUGGCUUAUUAUGCUGUCCCUGUCGAGAAUCUGACCCGGACAGUGGGCUGCUGGACGACUGCAGGCUGGACAGCAUCAACAAUACUACCUUGCCUGCGAAGCCUUGACCAAGAAACACUCUUCGCCGCCGCGCCUACGCAGGUCUGGAACCCACUCAUUGAUGGCGACUUUCUCACAGGGUACCCGAGCACACUGAUACGUGAUGACAAGUUCAACCGCGUCCCUCUUCUCACAGGCACCAACACAGACGAGGGCACCGGCUUCUCGCCGACGGGCCCCAAUACAGAGCAAGAUCUCUUUGACGAUUUCAUGUGGUGGCGCAGCUACGCCCUCUCGCCGCCCACGAUCCGCAAGUUCCUGGAGCUCUACCCAAAUGAUCCAUGUAUCGAGCCCCCCAUGUAUAUCUGGAACUGCUCCGUCUUCCCAGCCGAAGGCCUCGUCUGGCGCUGGGGCGCUGCCAUCGGAGGAGACAUGGUGAUGCACUCGGGCCGCCGCAAGAUGUGCGAGCUCUACGCAGGAACAGGCGGGCAGGACGUCUACUCAUACCGCUUUGACACGCGUCUUUGGAGCGAGACGCCCCUCAAGGGUGUCCCGCAUUUCGACAACGUGGCCUUCAGCUUCCAGAACAUCAGCGGGCUGUUGGGCCCCAGCCCGACGUACGACGAUGACCUCAGGAUCGCGAGGAGCAUCGCCAUCGCGUACAUCAGCUUCGUGCACAAUCUCGACCCCAAUCCUCCUGCUGCGUGGAAUGCUCUGGAAAAGGUCGACGCCCUCACUUUGCCGACCUGGCCCAAGUACAGCCUCGAUGAUCCCACGAACAUGGUGUUGAAUGUCACUGGUCCUUGGGUUGAGCCGGACACGUGGAGAAAGGAAGGGAUUGCUUAUAUGAACACGUAUGAUGUGGCACGAGAGUUGCUCGCGUAG